AUGGAUAAUUAUCCAAAAGUUUCUUUGGAAGGAAGGAAUGUUCCAAGUGUUGCCAGUCCCAGUGCAGCAGGAAGCAAAGAUGAAAAGAAAAUGUUUGAAGUAAAGAAGGAGACAUCAUUGAGUAAGAGCAUGGCUGCAGGUGUGCAAUCCACCCCACCCGCAGGCAGACAGAGGAGAACAUCUCUGGAGAAGCAGACCAUGCAGGAGAACCUGCAACAGCCUGUCCUGAUACGGUCUGACCGCACACGCUACGGGAGUGGGAACAGCGCAAAAGUCGCCAACACGACAGAUGAGACCAGAGGGAAUACUGAAGGAAGGCUUCAUGGGGCCACAAGUGCAGUCACUGGGAAGAACCAGGGGCCCAGUCCCCAAUCUGGAGAUAGCGACCUCGCAGCAGUGACCACGGCUGCACCAGGUCCAGUGCAAGGACCAAGCAGAGGGACGCCUGUAAGGAGCCAUUCUGUGAGUACACAACCCCCCAAUACUCAGCGUGCACCAGAACUAUGUCUGGCCGAGCGGAUCCCAGCUCUGGUCAAGAGACUGGAGACAUUAAAAAGGACAAAACUGCAGCUGCAGAAACAGAUAGAUUGUGUCUAUAAGCUAAAGGCAGCAAACCCCAACAAUCAGGUUGUCCACGACAAGAAGCUGAGCUCCCUCGCUGUGCAGCUCGCUGACACUGUGCAGGACAUGGAGGCUGUACUGGAGCAGAUGGGACCAGUCGCUGAAUCCUUCAGGAACCAGCAAAGACUUGAGGGACAUGGGGGAAGACCUGCGCCAGAACCAUCUCCAUCUAAACCCAAGUCUCCAACCUGUCCAGAUGACACCCAGCAGGCCUGUGCAAGACCAGUCCUCAGACCAGCCAGCUGCCCUUCUGAGAAAGGGAAUUUGUACAGAGAAGACUUCCCUGAUGAGGACUUGCUGGAAGUGGCAGAUGACCUAGAGGAGGAGACGCUGUUGUCAGGGUCAGCAGUGACACCGCCCGAGCCUCAGCACAACAUGGGUGACAAUAUGGGAGACAUAGUGCCUGACCAGUCCCAGCCAGGAGCCACUGAGGGGAACGGGGAGGUCACUGAGCAGGUUGUGGGCACGUCAUCUUCUGCCCCUGCAUCAAUAAAUCCGCAGAAGAAACGGAAGAAGGACAAAACCAGCCAACCUCAGCUCAUCACUAGUAUAAAUGCCACCAAGGGACCACGGUCUUCCAAAAUAUUCCUUGGGCUCCAGGCUCCUUGGAAUAUGUCCUACCCAUUUAGUGCCCAGCGGCUCGGCGCUGCCAUCCAGUUGGCUUUUGAGAGGAUAAGUAAGGAAUGGGAACACCAUUUCUUGAGUAACAGGACACUGGAGUUUGUGUACGCCGACUGCGGCUGUAACGCCAAGAUGUCUCUCAGUGCCUUCAUUCAACAAUCCGAAGAAUACAAUAUCUCUGCUCUCUUUGGUCCAGUUUGUCCAGAAGCUGCUGAGGUCACAGGCUUGCUGGUCUCAUCUUGGAAUAUUCCAAUGUUUGGCUUUGUAAGUCACACCCCGAAGCUUAGUAACAACCGAAUUUAUAACACCUACAUCAAAAUAAUUUCCCCUCUCCAGCGAAUAUCUGAUGCUCUGGAGAAAACCUUGAAAUAUUUUAAUUGGGAAUAUGUCGCCUUGUUUGGAGGAUCAGCCGCGGAGUCGACGUGGGACAAAAUAGAUGAACUGUACGUUACUGAAAAUCAGCUGGUUGUAAACUUCACCAUCACCGUGAAGAUGAAAUACGAAACAGCAAACCCAGACAGUCUGCGGGAGGCUCUCAGAUCAGUGGCUUCACUCGCUAGAGUCAUCAUACUCGUGGCAAACUUUGAGAACUCCAGGCUGAUCCUGCUGGAAGCGGAGGCAGGGCUGAUAAACGGACAGUACGUCUUCAUCAUGAUCCAGCAGUUUGAAGAAACUUUUUGGAAGGACACCUUGAUCAAUGAAAGAAAUCAGACUGCUGUCCGGGCUUACGAAUCUGUCCUCUUGAUAGCAGUGAACUCCUCCUACAGCUAUACGUCUUUCAUGAAGCAGGUGUACGACAAGCUGAAAGGUCCCCCAUUCUACAGUGAAAUUGAGUCUGAAGACCAGGUUAGCCCCUACGCCGCUUACCUCCAUGACUCUAUCUUACUCUAUGCCUUGGGCUUGCAGGAAGUUCUUAAGCAGGGGCGUAAUAUCACGGAUGGACAAGCCGUUGUGGAAAUCCUUAAAGGAUACAAUGAGACUGAGCUGUUUGGGGUGACCGGGCUGCUGAGCAUUGAUAAGAAUGGAGAGCGAUUCAUCAACUAUUUAGUCUAUGACCUGCAGCUGGUCGGUAACUUUUCUAGUUUUGUUCCUGUUCUGCAAUAUGACAGCUACAGGAAUGAGAUCAGGCCUACAAACGCCUUCUCGCAAAUCAGCUGGCCGGGGUCGAAUCGUCCUAAAGACCGACCGGACUGUGGGUUCAGUAAUGAGCUCUGUAAAAUAACCAUAACUAACAGUCCGGUUGUGGGGCUGAUCGCCACCCUCAUCGUCACCGCUGUGGCUGGGCUCAUUAUUGUGUUAUUCCUCCUUGUUCAGAAGGGGAAACUUAGGAGACAAUUUUCUGAUGAUUCCUGGUGGCAAAUUAAGUAUGAAGACAUCUCCAUUCUUAAAGGAAGCAAGAUGAUUCUUGGGACACCUUUGAGCACUCCAUCCAAGGGGCUGGAGAGUCUCGGGUCCAGCGCCAACAUUUCCAGCAAUCAGAGCUCCGGAUUCAUGGACAAGCAAGGCAAAGAGAUCAUUUACUGCAGCAUCGGUGUUUACCAGGGUAAUAUUGUUUCCCUUAAGUAUCUCGCCGACCAAACAGCCGUAUCUCACGCCAGGAAGCCGUCCGUAAUGAAGGAAUUCCGUAUGAUCCGCGAGCUGAAGCACGAGAACCUGAUCACUUUCUUUGGCAUCUGCAUUGAACCCCCCAAUAUUUGUAUAGUGACCCAAUACUGCAAGAAGGGGAGUCUGAAGGACGUCCUGCAGAAUAACGAUAUAGAGCUGGACUGGGUUUUCAAGCUUUCCUUCGCUCAUGACAUUGUCAGUGGGAUGGGAUUCCUACACUCCAGCCCUCUCAUCUCUCAUGGAAAUCUGAAGUCGACAAAUUGCCUGAUAGAUAGUCGCAUGCAGGUGAAACUCUCCGGCUUCGCUUUGUGGGAAUUCAAAUACGGCACAGUGUAUAGAGACCUGACCGCCAAGAAUAUCGACUAUUCCGAACUUUACUGGACGGCUCCGGAGUUCCUGCGACUGGAAAGAUUCCCCUUCCAGGGAACCCAGAAAGGAGAUGUGUACAGUUUUGCCAUCAUUAUGAGAGAGCUCAUAUACAACCACGAGGAUGGACCUUACCAGGACCUGAGCAUGGAGCCACAAGAAAUUUUCCGCAAAAUCAAAGAUCCAAAAGCGACCGUCCCAUUGAGACCUUCCCUGUCUGUGGAAAAAUGUAAUGAACGGAUCAUCGCUAUGCUGAAAAUGUGCUGGGAUGAAAACCCGGAACGGCGCCCGUCCUUCAUUUCCAUAAAGAGGAGCCUGCGAGGAGCCAGCCCUGAAGGACAUGUCAGCAUCCUGGACAACAUGGUCAACAAGCUGGAGAAGUAUGCCAAUCACUUGGAGGAGGUGGUGGAGGACAGGACGUUGCAGCUGAUGGCUGAGAAGAAGAAGACCGACAAGCUGCUAUCAACCAUGUUGCCGGGCUUCAUUGCAGAGCAGCUGGUGGCGGGGAAGUCGGUGGAGCCGGAGAGCUUCAGCUCGGUGACCAUCUUCUUCUCGGACAUUGUGGGCUUCACCACCCUCUGCUCGUCCAGCACGCCGCUCCAGGUCGUGGAUCUCCUCAAUGACCUGUACAGCCUGUUCGAUGAGAUUAUCAAAGCGUAUGACGUGUACAAGGUGGAAACCAUUGGAGAUGCUUACAUGGUCGCCAGUGGUCUCCCCAUCCGCAAUGGGAUUAGACACGUAGAGGAGAUCGCCACCAUGUCUCUGCACUUCCUCAGCGCCAUGCUGACCUUCAAAAUCCGACACAAGCCGGAUGUAAAGCUCAAGCUGCGGGUCGGCCUGAACACAGGUCCGGUGGUGGCCGGGGUGGUGGGUGUCACCAUGCCGAGGUACUGUCUGUUUGGGGAUACGGUUAACACUGCAUCGCGGAUGGAAAGCAACAGUUUACCUCUCCGGAUUCACAUCUCAGAGACAACAGCCGACGCUCUGGAGCAAAUCGGGGGAUAUGUGAUAUCAGAAAGAGGAUAUAUCCAAGUGAAGGGCAAAGGGAAGCAGAGGACUUCCUGGCUAAAGGGUAAAGCUGGCUUCGGAAUGCCGCUACCAGACUUCCCAGAUGGUACAGAAGAUGAACUGCAUGGGUCGCAUGAGGCAGAAGAGAUAAGUGUGAACUGA